AUGAAAACCAGUCCGAUUUAUGUUUCCGUUUUUUAUCAGAACGAAAAUUCUCUCAAUAUAACUACUAACAUUUAUUCUAGAAAACGUAUCAUGCACGCAACAACGCCGGAAUUACUUCUUUGUUUAGGGGGGUUUUUCAAGAAACGCUGUUCUCACUUGAAAGAAUUUGAUUCGUCAAAAACUUUAUCGUGGUUGAAAUACGUCGAUCGGUCACUUCUAUCCCAGGGAUGGCAAGAUGUUGCCUUUAUCAAUCCGGCUAAUAUCAUUUUCAUAUACUUUCUCGUCAGUUCAGAACUUGAAACACCACUCAUGGACGAAAUCAUCGACGUCAACAAUCUGCAGGCAUUGGUCCUGACUUGUUUUUACCUCGCUUACACGUACAUGGGCAACGAAAUAAGCUACCCAUCCAAACCUUUCCUCGUCAACCACGAGGCUAGUCAACAUUUUUGGGAUAGGUGUCUUCGAAUAAUUAAUACUAGAAGUUCCGACAUGUUGAAAAUAAAUAGAGAUCCAACAUUUUUCGCCAACGUAUUUUUAGAGUUGAAAUCAUAUUUACCUUCAUAA